AUGGACGACGCCGAACGCAGCAGCACAUCCUCCCAGCCUCUCUUGACUGAGAAGGACGACGCCUUCGUCUACCGAGGGCCCAAGCCUCGCCGCUCCUAUGGGCUUCUCGCCAGCACAGUCGUCCUUCUCCUCACCUCCCUGGCUGUCAAUACCUAUCUACUGCUUCGCUCAGCCCCUAAUUGCCCCUCUCCCUACGCCUCCCUUGAACCGACCUUACAGGUCCCGUUCGAGUGGUCCACCGAAUAUGCCGACAUCAACAUGACCGCGGCCGGCGCCCUCUGGGACAGCAUCUCCUUCGACGUGGGCUUCGUGGCCCUAGACAACGACUGGACCGCCGUCCACGACCUCCUCCCAGCGCAGCCCUUCCCCUGGGACCACAGCAAAGGGAUGUACGUCCUGAACGGCUUCCAUGCCCUGCACUGCCUCAAGAACAUCCACCGCGCCGUCCGCGAGUACGAGCUCGGCCUGCCGCAGUCCCUCUCCCUCUACCACAUCACCCACUGCCUCGACAGCCUGCGGGGGGACAUCCUGUGCCAGGCCGACGACACCCCGCGCUACACCACCAUCACCAAGAGCCCCGAGAGCGCGGUGGGCCAGCUGCGCCAGUGCAGGGACUGGGGUGCGCUCGAGAGGUGGGCCGAGGAGCGGACGAGCUGUUAUCACUACAUUAGUCAUGAGGCCGAUUUCAUCAACCAGUUUGAGCGGUUCAAGUACUGUCCUAAAGAUAGCCCGUACUGGCCGGCGCUGAGAAAGCAUUUUGGAAAGCCGGAUGACUGGUUUGGGGAAGGGUGCACGAAAGGGAAGCUCGGGGUAGAGUGCUAG